AUGUCAAACCAGCCCAAUAUGCCGCCGCCCCCACAAAUAAACUCUACCUUCUACUUACCACAAUAUCGGAGGUCUCCUCUACCUCCAUCGAGAAGCCUUGGGGUGCCACCAACCUAUUCCCCCGUAGUUCCGACUUGGUCCAGAGUACCUUCCACCCAUACGGAACUAUAUACCAGAACACUUUGUCUACAGCUUUCUCAAAUCAAGGAAGUCAUCGAGCGGGAACACCAGCACCUCUCAAAAAUCGAAUUGCAACACCAAGGUUGUGUUGCGGACAAGGCAAAACUUGCUCGCGAGAACGCUCAGCUUAUUACUGAGAAUAACCACCUGCGAGCCGAGAAUGCAAGUCUUAGACAGUGGCAAAGUCUGCAAACGAAUCGCGAGGGCCUCCACAUAGCAUACCGCGAAGCACGCUCGCAGGUUGCAAAACAGAAGCGGAUGACUGAGCAGAUGAAAGGAACAACCGCGAAUCACGACAAUCAGGACGACCUAGACCGGAAAGAUAACGUCGGCACCAAGAGGCCACGGAUCGGCAGCGCUAGAAAAGGCGCCGAUACACCCCUCAGAAACUCGGAAGGCAAUAACGUGGACACUAUUGAAUGUGAUCAUGCAUCCGAAGCACCUCCAUGUAAAACAGCUUAA